UACAGAAGGCAUCAUUCAUUGACCAACACAACCAAAGAAUAUCAGUGUUACAUAAGGUACCGGGAUUAUAGAAAUCUAGGCUUCCAUACCAUGUAUGGGACCAAGGCAUUCUGAGACCCCAACCCCCACUCCUGCUAUCCUUCAAGCUGGAACACUCUUGGGGCUCUAGAACCCAAGAAUAAAGACACCAGAGUCAAAGUUAACAGAAUAUUCCAAAGUACUUCCCUCCAUAGAAAAUAAGUGUCCUAUACUCCAAACAAGGUUCUCAUUCUGGUCCUCAUGGGGCUCCUAAUCCUUGGCUACCUUUUCCUAAGCACCUCCCAAGCCUGUAUCUUCUGCCGCCUCCCUUCUAGAGACAUUUCUGAACGCCUGGCUCUUCUCUGUGACCAGAUAAGUUCAGAGUGGGGAAACUGUAAAACCAGCUGGAACUUCUCAACCUUUGCCUUAGAUGGUGUGUCCAUGGAUAGAAUUACAGAGAAGACACACAGAGUCAUGAUGGUCCUUGAAAUCAAAGAUUCCCUGUUUUCUCUUCCCUCCUAUUGGCAAUGGCUUCAGGAGACUAAACUUCCUGAAUACAUGAGGCAAGCUCUCUGCCCUCCUGCCUGCUGUGGAAGGACUAUCCUGUACAACUGCUCCACGUGCAAAGCUGUUCAGGUUCAUUGCUGGCCUCUCAAGCGUUGCUUCCCAGGUCCAGAUCCCUCCUCGAAGAGUGAUCCUCAUGAGGAAAUUCCAAGACCUUCCCCCCAGUUUCCACCUUCAAGGUCUCUGUUGACUCAGUCUGGCUGACUCAGUACUCCCAACCUCCAAGGACCACACACGUACCUAACUCCCCACCCCCUCACAUGCCACUACUCUGUGACUCAGAUGAAUACAGUUGGAAAACACCCCCAUACCACCCCCCAGAACCCCUUUCACCUAGUCCCUGAAAAAUCAUCCGGGAACAUUGUCCCCAAAGUCAUCUCCAGCCUCUCUCUCCUUAGCUCUCAUGGGUUUGGCAGAUUCUGGGAGAUUCAACCUUCUUUGCAGAUUCAACCUUCUUUGGAAAACUCUCCCCAGGUUGGGGGUGACAUUACCUUGUUUUAAAGCUAACAAGGUAUAUACAUAGAUGUAGGUGUAUGUGUAUUCAUGCAUAUCCCCACUCAGAGAAAGACACCCCUCCCCUUCCCUGGCAUUUUUCUCCUCAUGU